AGGAGGGACAGGAGGAGGGACAAUCCAGAGCAGGCAGGACGGGACCCUGAGCCGGGCUCGGGGAGGCUCAGACUCGGCAGGCCGGGACCUGUUCCCUGCUCUCCUGUGAAGCAACAGGAGGGCUGGCUGGCCACCAUGGGCGAGUGCACGGACCUGGAAUGGGCCGUGCAGGUGCUGGUGAACAACUUUGACAAGUACUCGAGCCGCUGCUGCUGCUGCAAGAACCCGCGGCGCAUCAGCAAGAAGGAUUUCCGGAAGAUGCUCAGCCGCGAGCUCAACCACAUGCUGACGGACACCGGGAACCGCCGCGCCGCCGAUAAACUCAUCUGCGACCUGGAUGAGAACAAGGACGGGCGCAUCAGCUUCGAGGAGUACUGGACCUUGAUAGGCGGCAUCGCCAGCCCCAUCGCGCAGAUCAUCCGCCAGCAGGAGCAGAGCGUCAAAUUCACCAAGUAGCGCCGGCUGGAACCUCCCCGGAGCCGCCCCCGCUCCUCCCCGAGCCCCCCCGGGCACCCACCAGCAGGAUUUGG